GAGUGGUUGGAGGCUCUAUUCCGGCUGUCUGAAACGUAGGUCGGGUAAUGGGUGAAAAAAAAACGAAACAGAAGAAAAAAUCAAAAGUUGUAUUGCUGAAACCUGGUCAAAAGACUUUGGGUUCGGUUUAUUCGUAAACAGACAUCGGGCCUCGCAGUAGUGAUUUUGUGUAGUGCGCGCGUUUCUAGUAACUGCUACUUCAAUUCGAGCUCGUGCCGUAACUGCCGGCGCAGUCUUAGUAGUAUUUGCUUCAGUGAACGCUUAGUCUGUGGGUGUAUUUUACGAGCAUUAGUGAUUCAAAAAGCCAACAACAUCACUGUGUGUCAAGCAGUAGCGAGUGCAACAUUGGGGCGACAUCCAAUUAAUGAAUUAGUACGAAAAUCCAAAAAUAAUAGUGCAAAGAUCUAACAAGCAUCCUAUUGCUAGGAUGAAACAAAUUAUCGGAUUGGUCCUCUAUUUGGGGAUAGUCACGCUUUGCAGUGCUAUUGGUGUUCCACAGUGUCCUGAACCGCAUGGUGAGCAAGCGUAUCUUCACCCUGACUAUUGUGACCAAUUCUUCCUAUGCACAAAUGGAACACUGACAUUAGAAACAUGCGAAAAUGGGCUAUUAUUCGACGGCAAAGGCGCUGUCCAUAAUCAUUGCAACUACAACUGGGCAGUUGAAUGUGGACCACGUAAAUUUGUCACCGACCAAACCCCUCUAUCCUCACCAGGCUGUGAAUACUUAUUCGGAAUAUAUCCAGAUAGCCACCAAUGUUCCACUACGUACACCAAAUGUGCGUACGGUGAACCACAUCCAGAACAUUGUGAACCAGGACUGGUCUACGAUCAUCGCAUUCACGGAUGCCAAUGGCCUGAUCUCAUGUUAGAGACGUGCAACCCGGAGUCUGUCAUUGGAUUCAAAUGUCCAGAAUCAGUAUCAUCGAAAUCAAUCAAUCAUCGCUUUUGGCCAUAUCCGAGAUAUCCUGUACCUGGAGACUGCCAUCGUUUGAUAACUUGUGUUGAUGGUCAUCCACGAUUGAUCACUUGUGGCGAUGGAAAAGUUUUCAAUGAAGAGUCAUUGACAUGCGAAAGCCCAGAAGAUGCUCCUUAUGCAUGCAGAAACUGAACCUUCUAAUUUGUUUGGCAGUAGUUUUUUAAUUAAAUCACUAUUAAGUGCUUUAUGUACUCUGUAAAAAUGGCAUAAUUUUUCUUUUGCUACUAUUUCGUAUCAUCGAUUUGACGCCCUCUAAAACUAUCACGUAAAUUAAACGUUUAUUGAACGUUCCUAAAUUUUUCACAAGGAAUUCAAAUAAAGCAAAAAGUUACCACCCGAAAA